AUGGACGAAGAUGUUCAGAGGAUAAUCAACGAGAUAACCGAGGGUGUCACGGAUAAGACGUAUCUGAUCGAAGAGGAUGCGAAAACGUUGACGAAAAAAAGUGAGGAGCUUGACGAUCUCAUAAGAAGUACCAAGGAAAAACUUGGAAGCUUGGUGCAGAAAACGCUCAACGAAGUCGUAAUAUUGGACAGGGCGGUUAAGGAUUGUUUGAAUCAGGUGAAAGGAGGACUGUUAAUGGCAUUUGGUGAAUAUGUUAAGAAGAAUUUGCUCAGUACAAUUAAGGGGCAAAUUAUUCAGAUUACGAAGACAACAGGUCUUGAGGGUGUUAGACAGAGAUUGGUGGAAGAGUAUAGUGGACACUUUAAAAACGAUUUUAAGCAAGUAGUAAUAGGGUGGAUUGAAGAAAUUUUGUCCGAUAAUAUGGUUGUUAAGGAUUACUUCGGUCAAUAUGUUAAGAUGAAUAAAGGACUAAAUGUUAAGUUUAAGGAGGAAUAUAUCGAUACGGAGCAUGAUAGUAUCAAGGUGGGAGAGACCGAAUAUGUGGCAAAUGCAAUUGUAAACCAUUUAAAGACAUCGGUGGGCAUAACAAUGGCCGAAGCCAAAGUCAGCAGGGAUGACAAGGAUAAAAUUCACACGAAUAUAAAGGCUGUGGAAGAUUGCAUCACUGCGUUUGUAGCAACUCUUGAUGAGAAGAUAAAAGAAAAAAACAGUAUAUUUCUAGAUUCAAGUGCGUUAGUUAUUGGUUUAGCCAAUGCGAUUAAUACAUCUGUGGUGCGAAUUACACAUAAAGAUAUCUCCGCGAACUUCCUCAGAUCGGCUGUGGCUGCCAUUUUAGCAGCUUUGUCCGGCAAAGCCAACCAGGUGCUCUCUGAACUAGAAGCGUUUGCCGGAAUAGAGGCUUCUGAAAUAGCCAAGGUAGAUGCUGCUCUCGGCGUGGCGGAAAGUCUGAAUGAAAACCUCCGACGGGCGACAAAUUCAAAGACCAAAGAAGCCGGUGCUACCGGGUUUUACAAUGUUGAUGAGCACGUUGACACUAUACUGGACGCGGAGAUUGGAGAGAGUGACCCCGGUGAUGGUAAAGUCAAGUUGGAAGGUGUUCUAAGCUUUGCACGCUAUCGUCGUAGCAUCACGCUUGAUGCGAAAUUGAAAUCAAAUCCAACCGGCACUAAAGAGGAAGGCCAGCUCCCAGAGUCCAUCGGCGCCAUUAAAGAAGAAGCUGCCGGCAUCUUCAUCGGCCACAUCACAUCGGGACUCACUGCUCUGUCUGACAAAAUCAAGCAAGAUCUUGAUACCAUCACUAGAGCAAUAACAGCGUCCGCCAACGUUGUGAAGGAUAAUUUGCUGAAGUUUAGGGACGAUAAAAUUGGCAACGCCGCAAAAUAUACAGCGAUUAAACCAAAUACGCUUCAGAAGAUUCAUGAGAAUUUUGAAGAAUUACGUGAUCCUGUUGCUAAAGCUCUUGAUGGCGCCACCGAUCUACUUGACAAAUUCCUAGCCGGAGCCGAUAAACACUACACUCAAAUAAUUUCAGACCACGUCAAAAAGGACAUCCAGAAAGCCACCAACAAACUCACCACCCACGCCCGCAAAAGGUACGUCGAGUCCAUCAAAUUCCUGCUCACGGAGUUUGCCCGCAAGGUGAGGACUGAGUUGAGGGAUCUGCCCAGGGAAAUUGAUGCGGACUUGAAGAUUGGAUUUAAGGGGUUCAUGAAAGACUUCCAUGUUCCUCUGACUAAUGAUUUAAGCAGCGAUGAUUAUACUGUUCAUAAGUUAUCAUACGCCUUUAAGCUCUGUUUCGGGCCAUGGCAAAUGCUGCUGGAACGUGAGAUCGACAGAGUGGAUAAGGAGGAAAGGAAAAGAAAGAAUCGCACGCCGGCAGUUUCUGAGGUUACGUACACUAAAAGGCUUAAAUCUGUUUUCGGCGCACUCGAUGAGGUGCUCAUGCACUUCACCGGCAAGAAUGGGUAUGACCGUGAUACGCAUGGCAAGCUUGAUAACCUCGAAGCAGCGAUCGUCGGACUAAAACCACAAGACUUCGCCAAACAGAACACUGGCAUCCUCGACAGCAUCGCCGCUCAAUCACUACUCGCCGCCGCACGUGUCGGAAGACUUGCCAAGAUCACCUACCUGCAACCUUGA